AUGAAGGCUAGAUUGCAAGAGGUCGCAGAAUAUUACGUGGCAGAAAGAAGGCCCAUACAAGCAGAGUUUAUGGCGCUCGCAUAUGAAUAUCAUGCAAAACCACAAAACAAUCAAGAGCUGAUUGACGACCAAAUAAAAGUUUUAGCGACCACGCUGGAACUGAUACAAACUUACUUCUUUUUUUGGGAUGACCUGGAUGAUGGAGCAAAGGAGAGAUGCGGGAAACCAUGCUGGCACGUACUUCCAGAUACUGGAUUACUUGCCCUUAACGAUGCAUCUCUAUUAAGAAGCCUAAUCAAUGAAACAAUGGAGCAAAAUUUUGACGGAGAACUUCUAAAAAAUCUGAUGUUCCUUUAUAACCGAAACUUCUUCAUUUGCUCCAUGGGCCAAUAUUAUGAUACCAUAGCGUCAAGGGUGAAAGACUAUAAUAAUUUUACACAGGAAACUUAUGAACAAAUAGUAUGGGGUAAAUCUGCGUUUUAUUCCGUCAAAUGUCCGAUAUUAGUAGGUUUAGCAUUAGCUAAUAAAUAUUCACCCGAAACGUACAAAAUCGUGGAUGACGUUGGGCAAUCCGUCGGCAGACUGGUCCAAGUGCAUAACGAUCUUAUAGACAUAUGCAACGCCGAAGGAACGGUGACCGGGAAAUCUGGAACAGACAUCCAAGAAGGCAAAUGCUCGUGGCCAGCGGUGGCAGUUUUGCAGAAGUGUAAUCCUGCGCAGCGGCGUGUUUUCGAAGAGAACUAUGGCAGUUGGGAGCCGGAGAGGGCGGCCCGCAUUCAGGAAUUAUACAAGGAGUUAGACAUUAUAAAUUUGUACAGGGAAGAGGUAGCCUCGUGUCGCGACAUUUUCUUUAGAAAAGUGAACGCACUGCCCAAAAACUCAACGCCCUCUGCUGAAUUUUUCGUCGAGUUCUACAACUUUUUUAAUACCUUCACAAAAGAUCUUACUUUGAUGUACGAUAAUCAU